GGAGUUUUUCUAACGGCAUUUGACAAAUUUAAACUUUCGGAGGGAAAAAAUAAACGUUUUUAUUUAUAAUUUUUUUCUCAUUAAAUUAAGUGAGUUUUUUAUGUGAAAUGUUUUUGCAGUUGCUAAAGGCUUUCCAGCGGCUCGUAAGUCAAUUAAAAAGUCAAUUUGUGUGGGUUCGCUGUUGGUUGCCAAUACCGUUGCAUUUGUACGGUUUCCGGCGGGAAACUGAGUCACGAACACGGUUACGGCUACGGGUGAAGGAGAAGGUACGGCAAGAGCCCGGACAACGGUCCGGUCACCAGUCCGAUUGGCGCAUAUCGCGUCGUCAUCUGGUCAUGGACUUCAUAUUCGAGUGCUUCUUUGAUGACACCUUCGCCCAGAUCACCCGGAACGGCCUGCAGGAUCGCCAGUCUCGCCGGGAUGUCCUGGACCACCUUAGCGCCAUCAUCAAGGGCUGUAGCGAGGGCCAGAACACGCAGACGGACGAGGUGGCGGCCAUCGCGGUGACAGCCGCCAUGAGGUUCCAUCGUCUGGCCAAGGAGCAGAAUGGAAAGGUAUGCCUCAUGGGCAAGUAUCACAACAUCCUGUACAUCGGACUGCGCACCUGCUGGGAUUGGGGAGUGCGCGACUCCGAGGUGGUCGUUCAGCUGCUGGUGGCCAUCUAUGAGUGUGAAAAGACUUUUGAAAGGAUUUUUUUGGGCGCACUUUUUGGACCACAUGCCCCGCACUUCAUUGCCGGCUGGCGCAGCGACUUUCAGGACCAGAACGAGAAUGUCCGGGCCAUGGUUUACUUUUUGAAGCAUGCCACACGCGAGAAGCUCACGCUGCCCGUCUGGAUUCCGCGCUUUGAACAGGAGCGACAGCUCAGAUUCAUUGAUGUGCCCAUUGAGUCCUGCGGAAGAUCCUCGCCUCUACGCAUUGCCCUGCAGGCGAAUGCUCCCGAGCUGCUGCUCAUACUGCUAAGAUACGGCGCAUCACCACAGCCACCGGACGGAGGCACCUCCGUAAUUAUCGCGCUGCUCGACAAACUCAUCGAAAAUGGCCGCAAUUACAGCUGCGAACUGAUCAUGUGCCUCAAGUUACUGCUACGAAAUGUGGCAAUGAUAGAGAUGCCUUUCAAGCCCCUAUUGUAUGGCGCCAGAAGGGAAAUGUUUUUCGAGCGCUACGGUCGCCUUUUGAUGGACAAAAUUAUUGGGAAGGAACAGGUCUAUGGAGUGCCCACCCUCCGACAUUUAUGCCGCUGUGGCAUUCGGGAUGUCCUGCGGAACCACAACCAACUGCCCAAUGGAAUAGACACUCUGAGGCUGCCAAAGCGCCUGCAGCGUUAUAUUGACCUCACCGAGGAGCUGGAAGGUCCUGAAAGUAGGGGGCCCGACUCGGAGUCGGUCCUGCCACCAAAACCAAAGCUUGCUGUGGACUUUCCCCGGAUGCCGACCAUUAGCAGCGUGGAGGAACAGAGUGAGGACGAAAGCGAGAACCAUGUGCAGCUCCUCGAGGCUGUAACGGAUGCGGAAAAGGCUGCCGUGGCGGCCUUCGUGGCCACCAGCGACGGAGCAAUUACGCCGGAGGCCAAGCAGGCUGCGGUGGCCGCCUAUGUGGCCGCCUGCCCGCCGGACUUUGACCCCGACCUGCCACCCGAUUUCGAUCCCGAUUUCCCAUCCAUUUCCGGUAAGCUGAGCUAACACUGGGCCAGUGGCUAAAACUCACCUGUAGGUCUCCUCACUGACGUUAAUGCGGCCCGGAACACCCGUGGUCUCCGUCCGGCUGGUAAGGUUAACCGUGUUGCCGAAGAGACAGUAACGUGGCACUCGGUUACCAAUAACGCCCGUCACUACUUCUCCAGAGUGGAUGCCUAUGGUGAUUUGCUAAAUAAAAGAAGGAAAAUAUAUAUAUAUAAGAUAGAGCAACAUGAAACAAAGAAUUUAUAAUCGGAGUUUGUAAGACGAGAAUUUAUCUAGAAAAUAAAUAGCUUUCGAGCAGAAAGGGCA